AACUGGAUUCAAACUACGGCGGGUUGAGAAGGACGACAGGUUUGUGGAGAAGAUGCCUCCAGAGGAGGAGAAUGAGCUGCUGCGCAGCCAGCUGAAAGAGAGUGAGGAGCAGGCCCGCCGGGCCGCCCAGGCAGGCCUGGACCUGCUGAAGCAGCAGGAUGAGCUCCAGGAGCGGCUGGAGGAGCAGAGGGUGGAGAUGACCAACGCUCUGGAGGCUCUCGAGCAGGACAAGUACUCCCUGCAGAAGGAGGUGGAGCUGAAGACCCGGAUUCUGGAGUCUCUGCAGUCGGAAUACGAGAGCAUGAAGAACCUGCAGAAACAGCAGCUUCAGGAACAUCUGGAUCAUCUGGAGAGGAGCCAUAGCGUGUCUCUGACUGAGCACCAGAACAAGAUCCUGAUGCUACAGUCUGCUGUGGAGGAGUUCCAGCUGAGUGAAAAGCAACUGAAGCACAAGCUGGAGGUGCAGGCUGAGACGCUGAGCAGCAAGAUGGAGGAGCUGCGCGCGCUGAACGAAAACACCCAGAGCUCCAUGACGACUGAGAUGAUGGAGGUGCAGCUGAAGACCAUGGAGCUGGAGAGCGCUAAGGCGGAGCUGGAGCAGACCCUGCAGGAGAGUCGCUACAGAGAGCAGCAGCUGGAGCUGAGCAACAGCCGUUUGCAGAGACAGGUGGAGCGCCUCAGCGAGGAGAAGGAGGAGAGGGAGAGGGAGGCCGUGUCCUGGUUCAACGCCCUGGAGAAAUCUCGAGAACUAAACCGGGAUCUGCAGAUCCAGUUGGAUCAGGUUCUUCAGCAGGCCCAGGAUCCAAACAGCCGGGGAAAUUCUCUGUUUGCUGAGCUGGAGGAUAAGCGAGCUGCAAUGGAGAGACAGCUCAUCAGCAUGAAGGUGCAGCAUCAGUCGCUGCAGAAAAUGCACGCCUUCAGUAAGCAGCAGAUGCAGCGCAUGAAGGUCCAGAUCGCCACUCUAAUGCAGCUGCAAGGCUCCAGGGCCGACCCUGCUCAGCUGGAGAGGCUGCAGUCCAUGCUGUCAGAGAAGAACGCCGAGAUCCAGAGUCUGAUGACCAAACUGCAGAGGCUGGAGAAGAUGGAGACGUUGCUGAAGUCUCAACCAGCCAAUCCCUUCCAAGCAGAAGCAGUUGGUGGUCAGGAUGAAACAUACUACACUGACCUGCUCCAACUCAAGCUCAACAACUCUGUUAAGGAUGCUGAGCGACUGGGAGAUGAGCUGUCCUUGCAGAGGAUGAAGUCUCUGUCAGAGAGCCAGAGAGCACUGGAGCUGGAGAGGAAGCUGUUUACGUCUGAGCGGCUGCUCAAACAGACUCAGAGCGACAAGAUCAAGCUGCAGCUGCGUGUCGAGGAGCUUCAGCAGAAAUAUGAACCCAAAGAGGUGAAAAAAAACCCUAUCCAGAGGAAAAGAAAGGAAAAGCUUCCUGUUGAUGUGAAGCCUGAACCUGACGAGAGCGCUCAUGGAGAGCAGGUUGCUGCCGUGGAGACUGAGGAGGCAGACAAUACGAAAGUGGCCCGUGAAGAUGAAAACAGCCCUGCAGAGAUAACAGCUGCUGCUCAAGCACCUAAGUGUGAGCCUGAACUGAAACCUGCCAAGUGUGUGAAGAUCAGCUCCGAUCAGCCUGAUGUGAUCCCCACUCCCAGUUGGCCUGUGACUAACCAGAAGGAAGAAACAAAGAACAACCAGGAAGUGAGGAGAAAGAAACCAAAAACAGAGGUGAUCUACGUCACUUCUAAUAACACAAUGGAGAACCAGUGUGCCCAGCAGUAGAGCUCUCCAUCACCCCAUUAAACAUUGGUGUGUGUGUGUGUGUGUGUGUGUGUGUGUGUGUGUGUGUGUGUGUGUGUGUGUGUGUGUGUGUGUGUGUGUGUGUGUGUGUGUGUGUGUAAUAGUGGAACUCUGGGGAGGCUAUAAAAUGUCUAAUAUUUCUGUUCCUAAGUUAUAACCAUGUUUUCCAGAACUUCACUGCACAUAUUCUGUUAACUCUGUGUUUACAUAUUAAAGAAAUUGUUAACACUGUGCCAGGUGUUAACACUUUGACAUGCAUCACUCCUUCCUGGACACAUGGAACUGCUUUGGCUCUAUUAUAACACAUGGAACUGUUAGAUAUUUAUAAAAUCUUUUUUUCCACUUUCACUGUGACUUUGAAAACUUGACAUCCAGACAUCAUAACAAUUCAUUUCUAAAUGAACUAGAUUUUCUUAAAUAGAUUUCAGAAAGAGAAGCUUCAUACUUUUUGUAGCCAUCUAUAAGCUUCUGGAAUGAUCCAGUGUUUGAGCUCCUGUUUUUAUCAAUAGUUUUUGUCACUGAAGUUGCCUUGUUGG